GCUCUGGAGUGGACGCGCACGUUGCAGCUCCAGAGCGGUGAUCCGCAGGUCUUCGAAGACACCUCCCUGGCGAGGGAUCGCUCGGAUCCGACGGACCGUCCUUCCAUGCUGAUGGCGCCGAGUUCUCAAGAUAUGAGGCCGUACGCGUAUUGGCUUGGGACGGGCAUGAGUCGGGCUCAGAUUGCGGCCUUGCCCCAAGCGCAACGCGCUGCGAGGACUGUGCUCGGCAAGGAGGAUUUCCUGAAGGUGAUCGUCCAGGCAGAGCAGUACCUCGACCUCGACAAGCAGCAGGUUGCGGCAGCUCCCACAGAUUGGGUCAAGCUCUCAGGGUUACUGCACGGCUCUCGCGAAGGGUUUUCGCGCGAUGUCGCUACGGCUCUCGGUGCUAAGACGACUGUGCGGACGAACUUGGGCGUUCAGGUGGAGUCACUGUACAGGAGAGUUACGCAAGAAUGGCUGGCUGCCAAGGUUGUGGAGUCGACUGGUGGUAACGAUGCAACUGAUGCUGCCGGAUUGCGCUACUGGCUUGACCAAGCGCUCGGCGGUGGACAUGUUCUCAAUCAGAUCGUUGCCCCCGAUUUCAUACCCGCUGGCGCAGGCGGCCCGAUGGCCCCGCAGGUGGCGGCGCCCGCAGUCGGUCUUACGGCUUCGAUCCUCGUCUGGAUAUUGAACGGGGACCCGAUCAAUGGCUGGCCCGGCGGUGCACCGCCUCAUGCUGCUCUACCACCUGGUCGCCCGCCCGCCGAUUCUAUGGUUAUCCUGUCAGAUCCGAACAACGAUUUAUCGGAGCGAGACAUCUGCUUGUUGUCGGCAAGCCUGGCCGCGUCGCGGCCCCUGGCCGGUCGUUCGGCCCAGGGUGCUAACGCGUUGCCACAGGCCCGCAAUCUCCAAACUUGCGACAACUUGCGUCCCGUCGUGCCGUACCUCGUCAUAGUGUACAGGCGCAUUCCGAACAACCUCGUCCCCUUGCAGCAGUGCCCGGAGGCACAUGAGUGGAUCCGCCUUAUGAGCGUGCUCCUACCAAAGGUUGGCCAAACCGAUCAGGCCGUCCGUGGCAUACUGCAGGCAUUGGGUGACUCCAUUGGUUUCAAGCCUGAUGCACCGUUGCGUGAGAACGUGGCUGGCGGCGGCAUGGCUGUGCCUGCCCUUGUGGCAGCGCCGGCCGCGCGCUUUGCUGAAACGAAUUGCACGGCGGCUGGCCACUGGGAGUCUCGCGGCUGGGUCAACAUUGACAUGACGGCAUUCGUCUGGGGUCCCAUCUUGUGCUGGGAUUGCGGGGAGAUCGACGACGAUGUGCUCGCUAUGUUCCGCCUAGACCACGCGCGACUCUUCUCUUUCCUGGCCGCCGACCUGUAUGACGUCGCGUUCAAAUUCCAGGUUGGUUCGCGAUGGUCGAUCACCAGCGGCUCAAUCGGCGGGGCACCACUGGUCGUCGAUCGUCGCUGGAACGUGCUCGCUAACUUCAGGGCGGCCACUGACCGGACCUCCUGUGCCGAGGGCACGGUGUACGGUGAGCUGCUGGGGCGCAAGCCGCUGGAGCUCGACUACUACGCCCUGCCGGAUGACGUCACGGUGGAGAAUGCGUGUACAAAGGCCAACGCCGUGGUCGACCGCCCGUUACACCUGGGCGAUACCCACGCGUCCAGCAGUGACACCCAGUACGAGUACAGGUUGUACGAAGGUGGCCCAGAUCCUUCGCUUGUCGAGAAGGUCUUCGCGUUCUUCGCUCUGAUGAUGGGCUCGCGCGCAGCCGUUGCGCUGGGGCAACGGAUCAUGCUGCUGCGUGCCGCGGCUUUCAGCCUGAUCGGCGGCGAUGUCGACUACGGCUUCGAUGUCGUGUACGAGAUGGUCCCGGACGACAACGGCUUUGCCAAGCCAUCGUCCCUGCCUGUCACUUCGGGCGUUGGUGUCGACGGCCUUCACUACAGU